AUAAACAGUGGAGUCAGGGAGAGGGAGAGUUCUCACUUGCCACACAUGUGGGGUUCUGGUUCUCUCAGACAGAAGAGCGUGACCAAUUUGCUGGGUUCCCACUGGAAUUUGGUUCCCACAUGUGGCAAGCACUAGCUUGAUUUGCCUCCAUGAGACCCCUCUCCGUGCCAUCAGCUCAACCAGAAGCUGCUGAGAGGCAGGGGCGUUCUUGGAUCACUCGCACAGCUCCCUACAGACAUUCCCUUGGCCGUAGAGAGCGGAUAGAGGUGUAAUCGAGAGGCAUGGAGAGGAAGAAGAAGGGGUGGUUCGAGCGCAUCAAGCGGCUCUUCAUCUCCGAGCCCAAGCCGAAGCCGAAGCAGGAGAAGAAGGUGAAGAGCAAGCGAUGGCUACCGGGGAAGCUCAAGACGCAGCACUCGUUCGCGCUGCCGGCUCCGGAGCCGGUGCCGUUACCGGUGCCGGAUCAGAUUCAGAUCAGGCAGGCGGAGGAGGAGCAGAGCAAGCACGCGGUGGCGGUCGCGCUCGCCACCGCUGCGGCUGCCGAGGCCGCCGUCGCCGCCGCACACGCGGCCGCCGAGGUGGUCCGCCUCACCGGGCCGCCCUCGUCGUCGGCUCCUCCGCGUGACACUGCGCCGUUCGGCCGUGAUCUGUACGCCGCCGUGGCGAUCCAGUCAGCCUACCGCGGAUACCUCGCGCGGAGGGCGCUGCGCGCGCUGAAGGGCCUGGUGCGGCUGCAGGCGCUGAUCCGGGGGCAGGCGGUGCGUCGGCAGACGGCGGCGACGCUGCGAGGCCUCGAGUCGCUCGUGAGGAUACAGGCACGGCAGCGCGCCAGGUCAAGCUCCGCCGACCACCACCACCACCACAACCACCCGGCGGCCGCCGCCUACGACGACGGCAUGGACGCGCUGCUUCGGAGGGGCCGCGAGCUGUACGCCGCCGCGCUGCACGAGCAACAUCAGCAGCAGAACAGCAGCAAGGGGUGGGACGGCAGCACCCUGUCCAAGGAGGAGAUGGGCGCCGUGGUGAGGAGCAGGGAGGAGGCCGCCAUGAAACGCGUACGCGCGCUGCAGUACGCCUCCCUCCAGAACGAGAAGAUCGGCAUCAGGAGGCAGCCCAUGUCGCGGGACGACAUGGACACGCUGAACCAGCGCUGGAGCUGGCUGGAGGAGUGGGUCGGCUCGCACCAGCCCUUCGACAAGGACGUCCCCGUCGCGCACCAGUCCCCCUGCCGGGACGUCGCCGUCGACGUCGUCACCACCCACCGCCACAACCACCACCCACCACCACCUCGCUCCAGGGACUCCCUCGCCUGCCUCGACGACGAAGACGAAGACAACGACGACGAGUCCAGCUACGGCGGCAGGCGGCUGGGCCACUCCUCCCGGCGCUCCUUCGUGCGCGCCAGGCGCACGCCGGGGAGGGCGUCGGACGUCGACAACAACGACGGGGCGUUGCACCACCCGUGCUCGCCGGCGUUCCCGGGGUACAUGGCCUCCACGGCGUCCGCCAAGGCCAAGUUCCGGUCCAUGAGCACCCCCAAGGAGCGCUUUGCCGCCGUGCCGUCAGACGCCUACUCCGAGCAGUGCUUCCCGUCAUUCGCCGACCGCCUCAUGUCGCCCAUCCCAUCCAUGUCGCCCAUGCCCUCCAUCGCCAGCGACAUGGGCUUCGCUCGCUCCGGCAGGCCGCCCGUGGCGCAGCGGUCGCCCAGGGUCAAGGGACCCAUGACGCCGUCCAGGAACCGGUCCAGGAGGUCGCCCAGCCGACACAGCUUCGGCUCUGAAGCCGCGCUGCACCAGAUGCAGAUGGAGCAGUACACCCCGGUUCGGUAAACUGAGAGAGUUCUUUGCGAUGUGACCAAUGCUGCAUCCCUGGUACCUUGUUUGGCGGGGGGAACAAAAUCAUGCUCCGGGUCUGCUCAUGCUUUUUUUUUUUUUUACUGGAAACCUUGUCAAACUGAGCUGUGCGACAAUGCAACAUGCAUCUGCAAACUUUUCAAAUGAAACAUGAUAUCCGCACAUGCAACAUGGAA